CCGGGCCCGCCCGCCCCCUCGUGCCGCUCUGUCCCUCGCUGGCCGUGUCUCUAUGGUGCGGGGCGGCGCGGUCACGUGUGGCGGGCCGGGCGGAAGCGGCGGGAGCGGCGGUUAAAUGAAGCGGGGCCGGGCGGAAGCGGCGGCUCGUGUGGGAGCACUCUGUGCCGUUGGGACAUCRCGACAUUUCAGGCAUCUGCUGUGGGAGCCGCUKCAGGAAAGAAACCCCAAACACAGCUGUCCUUGGAGCUGAGGGAUCAGUUUCCUCAUGUGAGCCCGACUGCCAUGCUGGGGCAUUGACACUUUUGGGUACAGCUGUUUAAAAUGGCAGAGAGAGGUGGGAAUGAAGAAGUSAUUAACUUGAGCAGCUUCAGCAAUCACAGAGGAAAAGACUGGAUAAACCACAGGGAUGAAAGUCUUAUCACAAUAUCGGAUUCCUCAGAUGAAGAAUUGCCCUUAUUGCUGGAAAUGCCAGAAAAGCAGCAGACYGAGGAAGAUGAUGAUGAUGAUGUAGUUAUCUUAGCAGAGACCCCAAAGCAGCAGCAGCCUCUGCGUCCCAAUGUCAUCAGACCUGCUGCUCCAUGGCAGGGUGCAAAAACUGUGGGAGAAGGAGGAUUUAAAAGUGCUGUGGAGCCUUCGAUGAGCACAGAUCUGCAGGAUGGGCCGGAUUCAGCUGUGCCCUGUGAGGGAGAUGGGAAUGACCUCGUGGUGGAGAGCAGUGCUGGACCAAGCAGGGAAUGGAGUGCAGAUGUUACCCUGCAGCAGCCUGGACCAUCUGAGCUGAAUGGCCCCAGCCUUGAACUUACARGUAACCAGGAGCCUGGCCCGAGUUUGCUGUCACCAGUAAAGAUGAGUCCACAGGCUGCUGCUAACACAGAAACCAUUUGUCUGGGGAAUGCAGACCUUCCACCUCAACAGGAGGAAAAGAUGGAAGCUCGGGAACAGCAAGGAGAAAACUYGGAGCCAGAGCAGAAACUUGAAGAAAUUGCUGCUAAAACUACGAUGGAGCACGAGGAGAUCCAGGAGAACAACCAGCUGCAACCACAGCGCUUCCCACCAGUGCAAGAUGAGCCACGGGCUGUAGCAAAUGGUUGUGUUCCUCAGCAAGGRCAGCCAGAGGCAGAUCCUGGCUCCUUGAGGGCAUACGGAGAGAAGGCUCCUGGACCUGCCUUCCCCCGGCCGGAGCCGCAGCAGGACGGGAUCCCAGGCCCUGCCUCCCCGCAGCCGGCACAUCCCCCCGAGGAGGAAUCGGGUCAGCCAGCAGGGAGAGACAACGCGCGGGAGCAGCCGGGGCCCGCCUUCCCCGCACAGGGAUCGCAUGAACUUGGCUCGGGGGACGUGCCAGAACAAGGAGCUGCUGGGCAGGAGCAGGAGCAGGACCUCACUGCGCUGCUCAUCAGAGAGACAGAAGCAAGAUUUCCAGAUGUGAAGAAAGAAUAUAUUGAAGAAUUAAUCAUCAUCAAGAACUGCUAUGACUUAAAUGUACUUUGUAACUUUCUUCUGGAAAAUCCGGAUUACCCAAAGAAGGAAGGCAGAGUGGUUUUAAACCCCAGCAGCAGCCUGCUCGCCAGCCAAGAUGAGACAAAGGUGCCUAAAGUGGACUACUUUGACUUUUCCAAACUUGCCCCCCUUGACCAGCGGUGCUUUAUUCAGGCAGCUGAUCUCCUCAUGGCAGACUUCAAAAUGCUGAGCAGCCAGGACAUCAARUGGGCACUGCACGAGCUCAAGGGACACUAUGCAAUCACACGAAAGGCCUUUUCAGAUGCUAUCAAAAAGUGGCAGGAGCUGUCUCCUGAAACCAGCGGGAAACGAAAAAGGAGGAAAGAAAUGAAUCAAUAUUCAUAUAUAGACUUCAAAUUUGAGCAAGGGGAUGUGAAAAUUGAGAAGCGCAUGUUCUUCCUGGAGAACAAGAGGCGGCACUGGAGGUCCUAUGACAAGCUCUCCCUUCUCCCACCAGUGCUACUGGAGCAGGAAUUCUAUGAGCAGAAAGUGAAAGAGAUGGCAGAGCAUGCAGACUUCCUCUUGGCUCUGCAGAUGAAUGAGGAGCAGUAUCAGAAGGAYGGGCAGAUGAUCGAGUGCCGCUGCUGCUACGGAGAGUUUGCCUUCGAGGAGUUGACUCAGUGUGCAGAUGGUCACUUGUUCUGCAAGGAGUGCCUAAUUAAAUAUGCUCAGGAGGCAGUUUUUGGCUCUGGGAAGUCAGAGCUCAGCUGCAUGGAAGGCAGUUGCACGUGUUCCUUCCCCACCAGUGAGCUGGAGAAAGUGCUUCCAGAGAACAUCCUCUGUAAAUAYUACGAGCGCAAAGCCGAGGAGGAGGUGGCUGCUGCCUGUGCAGAUGAGCUUGUCAGGUGUCCCUUCUGUAACUUCCCAGCUCUACUGGACAGCGAUGUGAAGCGGUUCAGCUGCCCCAACCCCCGCUGCAGAAAGGAAACAUGUCGGAAGUGCCAGGGGCUGUGGAAGGAGCACAUGAACCUCACCUGCGAGCAGCUGGCUGAGAAGGAUGACAUCAGAUACAGGACAUCCAUAGAGGAGAAGAUGACAGCUGCCCGGAUUAGGAAAUGCCACAAGUGUGGGACGGGGCUGAUAAAGUCGGAGGGCUGUAACCGCAUGUCGUGCCGCUGCGGCGCCCAGAUGUGCUACCUCUGCCGGGCCGCCAUCAAUGGCUACGACCACUUCUGCCAGCACCCCCGCUCUCCAGGGGCACCCUGCCAGGACUGUGCCAAGUGCUCCCUCUGGACAGACCCCACAGAAGAUGAUGAGAAGAUAAUCCAUGAGAUUCAGAARGAGGCUGAAGAGGAGCAAAGGAAGAAGAACGGGGAGAACAGCUUCAAGCGCAUCGGCCCUCCCGUGGAAAAGCCCGUGGAGAAGAUCCAGAGGAUCGAAGUCAUCCCCAGGCCKGUCCCUCAGAACUUCCACCAGCCCCGGAUGCCCCCGUACCCCUUCGUGCACCCGCCCUUCCCCUUCCCCCCYGUGCGCCCCAUGUACAACAACAUCCCCCUCAACAUCGGCCCCAUCCCYGCGCCCUACGUGCCCCCGCUGCCCAACAUGAGGGUGAACUUUGAYUUCCCCCAGAUCAACGUGCAGCUGGAGCACAACCUGCCUAUGCACUUUGGCCCCCAGCCCCGGCACCGCUUCUGACCCGCCCCAGCAGCGCCGGGCAGAGUCGCCGCAGGGCCCCAUAAAAUCCCCCUUUCCCCACUCCAGCCCCCUUUGGGGUUCUGCCAGCAGCCAGGGGAUUCUGUGUCCCUGCACUGCACCCCCUCGAGGGCUUCUCCAAACCUUUGCAAUUCAACAUUUCAACCUGUGCUGCAAACAGGGUUUGGUGCUACAUUUCCCAGGGGUGGAAUUCCCCCCUGUGCUGGGCAUCCAGAUGUUAUGUUUUGACAAAGCCUGUUCAGGCAGCUGUUGGGAGGAAAAGUGAGACUUUGUGGAACACAGGGUUAUAGCCGUUCCUUGGGGAAUUUCCAAAAAUCCUGCCUUCCUGCUGGCCAAAGCAGCUAAGUGAGUCKUGGGGGAAGGGAGGAGACACUUGGCAUCUGAGUAAGACCUUCAGGAAAGAGGUAAGAAGAGUUGGCUGCCCCAGCCUCCUGCCUGUGGAGAGGCACAGCACUAGGGUUCUUUUCUCCAGCAUCCCUGUGUCCUGCUGGCACCUCCCAGCAGAAAUAAAUUGUUCAAAAGCAGGCCAAUGUAGCAUUUUAAUGUUCCUCACUCUCUGAGCAGAGCGAGGGGCUGCAGCAGCCAUCCAUUGCCCAGGCCUUGGUAGGAAGCCCCGAGCCAUGUUCUGUUGGGGGUGUUAGGAAGUGGCAGGAGAUUUGGGCACCCAAAUUUUUGGCUGGGCUGAACUUGCCCCCUUUGAAAGGCUCAGUUUUUUUCCCCCCGAGGUGGGAGCCUCUCAGCUUUUGAAACGUGGCCUUUGCUUUGCAGUUCUCAUCUGGCAUCCCAAACCUCCCCCAGCUUCUGGCAGCAGAGCUCAGGCAGCUGCUGGAACCACCUGGAGCCAAAGCCUGUGCCCUUCAGUGCAGAAAYUGCCUGGGAAACACCCAGAUAGACGUGUAGGCAGUGAUGUGUCCUGUGGUAGGAAAAUUGGGAAUGUUCCCUGAAGCUGCAGCAAAUUGGGAGCCCCCUAACUGAACCCCCACACCCAAUGGGCAGCUGUAGCCUCACGCUGCAGGAAGCUGGCUGCUUCCACAGCACCAAAUAACUCAUGAAAAUGUGUGUGUCAGCUUAAUUGGCUUUGRAAAAGUGUGUUAAAAGUUAAACCUGAGCAUUGCUGGGCUUAGGAAGUGAGGGAAAAGCAAAACUUCCCUGUGAGAUGCAAGGGGUGCAGUGCUGGGCUGUGGGAGGAGGGUGGCACAGAGCCCUUUCUUGGCUGUGCUGUCUGCUACAGGCCCCAUCUAGAAAAGAAAACUGUUGGAGUGGGGGAAAAACCCUCUUCCCAGGAAUGUUGGGCUGGCUUUUAGCAGCCCGGUUGUGCUGUUGUUCUCCAAAUGUUUUGUUCUGGCCUUCAUCCUGUUCUGUCCUGCUGGCAACUCUCUGGGUGCAUUUCCCCUCCUGUUAUUCCCCUCUGUGUUUCAGCAUCCAGGUGUUUUGUGGGUUGAUUUGUUUUUUUCAGGUAAAAUUCCCUGUCUCCACCUCACAGCUCCUGCCAAAGCCCCACGUGCAGCAUUCCAGGACCCCCGGAUGCUCUYGGGGUGCAGAGGGUGCUGGACACAGGGUGUUGGUGGGAUGCUCCUGGACAGGGGUCUGGGACAGUGUUUAGGGACUGUUCUCCCAGGAAAAGUCCCCCAGACAGGAGRAUUUCCAUGCCUUUUGGAGCUUUGGAGUGUUUUUCCCGUUGCCUGUGGGUCGAACGUUCCCUGCGAGCGCUCUGGCUCCUCCGUGCCRUGGUCUCUCUAGCAUUAAUAACCAACUGCUAUUCCCUUGCUGCUGGAAUUUUCUAUUUGGAAUUGGUUUAUUCUUGGCAGCAGUCUGGGGGCUGCAGGGGUUUUAUCACUCGCUGCUCAGCUGGGCUUUGACCAGGUUUAGAUCUGGCCUUGCAGCGACGGGAGCAGGAAUCCCAYUGGAUUUGGGGAGGAAGGGCUUUGUCACAGCAGGUGCUGAGGAACCACACCCAGGUCAGAAGARGCAGUGGUGGCUUCCCUGAUGGAAAGGGAAUCCUGUUUGUUUAACAGCCAAGGUUUUCUGGGCUCAGGGGSUGGUUUGGCUGAGCCCUCCAGGCUCUCUGAGGGGAUGGGGCAGUGGAGGGGGCCAGCAGCCAGGGCACAGCUCAGCUGCUGAACCAGGGGCCCAAACUGUGAAGAAAUAGGAUGGUCACCCAGCAAAAAAUGAUGAUCCAGUGCCAUAUUCUUGUGCAUGUCCAGGGAUGUGAAGACACAGAGAGYUGAGCCUCAGCAGAGGGAAGUGCAGAGGUGGAGCAGAGAGGCUGGAGAAGGGUCAGGCAGAGGUGGAGAAGGGAGUUUGGUGGCUGUGAUCCAUCUGCUGCCCUGGCCCUGGAGGAGCCUGGAGGAAAUGGGGGGACGAGAGGAUUCCCUGUGUCCCCUGCCAAAGCCAAGGGCUUAUUUGUGUCCAAGGGAGGAGAAGUCAGUGCUGGUCUGUGUAUGGGUUCAGCAUGCCCAGCACUGCUUCUCUUACCAAGGAAACAUCCAGUGCACCAAAAAUUUGCAGCCCAAGCAAUUGGCUGCUUCUCCCCCUUAACCCAGGAGAUCUCCAGUUGUUUCUGAAUCUGUGUUGAUUUAUUUAAAAAAGAAAAAAAAAAAAAAGCCCAAAAGUUACUGAGCCACCCAAUCYGGCCUUGACCUGGUCUCUAACUCCUGCAUCCCGCCUUCCUUCCUGCCCCACAGUCUUUGGAACCACUUGUUUAAAGRUUUUGAAGGUAAUGAGGAGGUUGCUGUGCCCAGGCUGAUCCCAUAACAGGUACUUCUUAACAGCUAAUUGCAGUGUCCCAUUUACUUGCCUUAAAGGUGGAGAGAGAAAAUUUAGUAUUUGCACUUAGCAAAACGUUGUAUUAAAGGAAGAAAAAAGACUUGUAAAGAUGUGCAUGUUCUGCAACUUUGUAUAACAAUAAAUAAAAA